AUGGCUGACUUCAACAGUAUCGCUGAGCAGUUUGUGCAGUUCUACUACCAGACAUUCGACGCCAACCGUCAAGGUCUGGGUGGUCUCUACCGUGAUCACUCUAUGCUCACCUUUGAGACAAGCUCGGUUCUGGGUACUCAAGCCAUCGUUGAGAAGCUAGCCAGUCUCCCUUUCGAGAAGGUCGUGCAUCAAAUCGCCACCUUUGAUGCCCAGCCCUCCAGUGAGAACGGCAUUAUUGUGCUCGUCACCGGUGCCCUCCUCGUUGAUGAGGAACAGAAGCCUAUGAACUACUCCCAGUGCUUCAAGCUGCAACCCGAUGGUGCCGGCAGCUACUUUGUGCUCAACGAUGUCUUCCGUUUGAUCUAUCCUGCCUAA